CUCGACUCACAGCUGCCGCUCGCUGUCCACAGGACCUGCCGCCUUCAUUUUUCAAUUUUCACCACAUUCCCUCGUUAACGACGGCAUCAUGGAUACUUUGAUGCUCCAGAGAGACGAGGCCACGCGCGACCGCGUGCGCCAGGCAUUGGAGUUCCUCGACCCCCAUGAUCCACAUGCACGGAGCUACAGACCAGAGAUCAUCUUGAUGCUGCAGAAGAACCAGCGUAGGCUUGUCGUUAAUAUCGAUCAUGUCCGCGACCACAACCCCGAGAUGGCCGAAGGCCUGCUCAACAACCCCUUCGACUACACCCUGGCCUUCAACCACGCGCUCAAGGAGAUCGUCAAGACGAUCCCGCAAGCGCGGCCCGACCAGAUCGACGCCGACGUGCUGUACUACUGCGCCUGGGCCGGCAGUUUUGGCCUCAACGCCUGCAACCCGCGGACGCUCUCGUCGCAGCAUCUCAACAGCAUGGUCUCGGUCGAGGGCAUCGUUACCCGCUGCUCUCUGAUCCGUCCCAAGAUCGUCAAGAGCGUGCAUUAUACCGAGGCUACGGGAAAAUUCUACUUCAAGGAGUACCGCGACCAGACCAUGACCAAGGGCGUCACCACGACCAGCGUUUACCCCACCGAGGACCAGGACGGGAACCCCCUGACGACCGAGUAUGGGCUGUGCACCUACCGGGACCACCAAACCAUCUCGAUCCAGGAGAUGCCCGAGCGGGCGCCUGCAGGCCAGCUGCCCCGGGGUGUCGACGUGAUCCUCGACGACGACCUCGUCGACAGCGUCAAGCCAGGCGACCGCGUCCAGCUUGUCGGCAUCUACAGGACGCUCGGCAACAGAAACACCAACCACAACAGCGCGCUGUUCAAGACGGUGCUGCUGGCGAACAACGUCGUGCUGCUUUCCACCAAGUCGGGCGGCGGUGUUGCCACAGCCACUAUCACCGAUACCGACAUUCGGAAUAUCAACAAGAUCGCCAAGAAACCGAAGCUGUUCGAUCUGCUGUCGCAGUCCCUGGCGCCGAGUAUCUACGGUCACGAGUACAUCAAGAAGGCCAUCCUUCUGAUGCUUCUGGGAGGCAUGGAAAAGAAUCUCGAGAAUGGCACCCAUCUCAGAGGUGACAUCAACAUCCUGAUGGUCGGUGACCCGUCGACCGCCAAAUCGCAGCUGCUUCGCUUCGUCCUCAACACGGCCCCGCUGGCCAUAGCCACCACUGGCCGUGGCUCUUCGGGCGUCGGUUUGACCGCCGCUGUAACCUCUGACAAGGAGACCGGCGAGCGGAGGCUAGAAGCUGGCGCCAUGGUCAUGGCCGACCGCGGUGUCGUAUGUAUCGACGAGUUCGACAAGAUGUCAGAUAUUGACCGAGUCGCCAUCCACGAAGUCAUGGAGCAGCAGACGGUCACGAUCGCGAAGGCGGGCAUCCAUACGUCUCUGAACGCCCGUUGCAGCGUCAUCGCUGCGGCCAACCCGAUCUUCGGCCAGUACGACACGCACAAGGACCCGCACAAGAACAUCGCCCUCCCCGACUCUUUGCUGUCGCGUUUCGAUCUCCUGUUCGUCGUCACGGACGACAUCGAAGACACCAGGGACCGGCAAGUUUCCGAGCACGUCCUGCGCAUGCACAGGUACCGGCAGCCCGGCACGGAAGAAGGUGCCCCGGUGCGCGAGAACGCGGGCCAGGCGCUCAAUGUGGCGCUGAAUAACCAGGCCGACUCGCAACGGCCUACUGAGGUGUACGAGAAGUACGACGCCCUGCUUCACGCCGGUGUCAAGGGAACAGGGCGGGGCGCCAACAAGAAGCCCGAGGUGCUGAGCAUCCCCUUCAUGAAGAAGUAUAUCCAGUACGCCAAGACGCGUAUCAAGCCCGUCUUGACCCAAGAGGCUGCGGACCGCAUCGCCGACAUCUACGUCGGUCUGCGCAACGACGACAUGGAGAGCAACCAGCGCAAGACCAGCCCGAUGACCGUUCGUACGCUCGAAACGCUCAUCCGUCUUGCCACCGCCCACGCUAAGUCCCGCCUUUCCAACCGCGUUGAGGAGCGCGACGCCGCCGCGGCUGAGUCGAUCCUCCGCUUUGCGCUGUUCAAGGAGGUCGUCGAGGACGAGUCCCGCAAGAAGCGGAGAAAGACCCGGCCGCUGGAGAACGAAAGCGAAGACAGCAGCUCGGAUGACUCCUCGGAUGACGACGGGGACGAAGCAAACGGCACAGCCCGCGGCAGCACCGCGCGCACCAGCACCGCCCGCUCCACCCGCGCUCCCCAGCGCGCAGCCGCCCGUCGCCGACCCGCCGGAAGGCAAGCGAGCUCGCCCGACGCCAACGGCGCCACGCCGGCCGAGGUCGACGGAGAAGCAGAAGAAGCAGAAGAGGACAUCUACAACGCCACGCCGCGGCGCUCAACCCGCUCCACGGCGGCAGCCGCUGCGUCCUCCUCCUCGCAACCAUCCUUUGCCUCCUCUGUCCCUGCCUCCCAACUCCGCACCCAAUCCCAGUCCCAAUCCCAGUCCCAACGCGACGACGAGGCCCUCGCCUCCAAUACCGCCAACCUCACCGUCGCCGACGACGACGAAGACGACGAAGAGGAAGAAGACGCGCCGAUCAGCGAGCAGCGCCUGGACGUGUUCCGGCGCGCGCUGGGCCAGCUGCUCAACACGCCGCUGUUCGAGGACGACUCGGCCGGCGUGGACGAGCUGCUGGAGGCGGUCAACCGCAGGGUGGGAUCGGCGGCGCGCUUCGGGCGCGAGGAGGCCAUCAAGGCGCUGAAGGAGAUGGAUGCCCGGAAUCAGAUCAUGUAUACCGAUGGUGAGCUGGUUUACAAGAUUUGAGUGGCACUGAGGUGGACGCAUUUUGAGUUGAAUGGAGUGGCGGCAUCAUGGCUUGGGAUUCUGUUUUCAUUUGUCAUUGAUGGCAUGGAUGGUUACCGUAUUGAGGGCGUUAUUCUGGCAUCGGAUGGUCAUGGAUGG